AUGAGGGGACCUGGCGUUACGUUGAUAAUACUGUCAUGGCUGAUAAAUUUGUACAUACUGUGGCAAAUGGUGGAGAUGCACGAGAUUGUACCAGGGAAGAGGCUUGACAGAUAUCACGAGCUUGGCCAAGAAGCUUUUGGCGAGAAGCUUGGUCUUUGGAUCGUUGUGCCUCAACAGCUCAUCGUGGAGCUUCUUGAACGAUGGUCAAGCCUCGACAGCACCUCGAAAAUACUCAACUUCUUGAACGUAUGGGAGAUGUGGCUUUUGCUUACGCAGGCUGUGUGGGCGUUAGGGAAUGUUGCAGGUGAUUCUCCACAGUGCAGAGAUGUUGUCCUAGCACUUCCAGCCCUUGAACGCCUGAUUCACUCCACUGAUGAGGAAGUCUUAACAGAUGCAUGUUGGGCUCUCUCUUAUCUUUCUGAUGGCACCAACGACAAAAUUCAAUCUGUCAUUCAGGCAGGUGUUGUUCCUCCACUUUUUGAGCUUCUCCAGCAUCCAUCACCUUCUGUGCUUAUUCCUGCUCUUCGUAGUAUUGGUAACAUCGUCACUGGAGAUGAUGCACAGACCCAGGCUGUAUGUGAAGCUGGUUUGAUAACUUUGAUUGGCGAGGACUGAGGUUCUAAAAGUGAUGAUGAAUAAGUCCCUAUUCCCAUAUUCCAACUCAAAAACAAUCCCAUCACAUUUACACUCUCUCUUCGUCCAAAAGACAACCAUCUGAUCUAUGAUUUCCACUUCUCACCUUUUUAUAUGUUCUUAAUAAUGACAAUAUCUUUCAUCUGCUUCUAAACAUGAUUUAUACCAAACUUUAAUUUUAUAACUGAUCUAUUGUAUCAUAUGUGUUGGCAUUAAAUAAUAUAAGCUAACUAUAAUUUUU